AUGGGGAGGACAUCUCAAAUUGCCGUGCUCUCCCUUUUCAUGCGCUUGAUCAAGGAACAGUCAGCCAAUGGAGGAACUGGAGCUGAAAUAGGGGUGUGGAAGGGGCCCUGCUUUUAUGGCUUAAUUGUAGCUCUCAUUGAAGCCCAAGAUGGAGAACGAGUACGGUCGGAAUUCAUCAAGAAGUUCCUAAACGAAUACCAUGAUGUAGCUAUCUAUACGCUUCUUCAGCUCUCGGAGUUUACAACAACAAAUAGCUCUCCCAAAUCCAUAGAUACGGUGAUAUCCCUCCUAUCCGCUCUCGGCCAACCGCCACCACCAGACCACGAAUUUGAGAACUUCUACGCCGACAUAUCAGCUUUCGGUCAAAAGCAUAAGUCAAAUCUUCUUUCUGUAUCUGCUUAUAAACAACGCGUCCAAGCGACGUGGCUCACGGUUUUGCGGAGUAACGCCCUAAAAGAACAGCAAAGAAAAACUCUCCUCCGUCUUAUGUCCCAUUUCAUCGCCCCCUGGUUCCUCAAACCAGAGAUGCUCAUGGAUUUCCUCACGGAUUCUUACAACCACGGCGGCUCCACCUCUCUCCUCGCCCUUUCAGGGCUCUUCUACUUAAUGCAAGAGAAGAAUCUAGAUUAUCCACAAUUCUACCCCAAACUAUAUUCUCUCCUGGAUGCCGACCUCCUCCACUCAAAGCACCGUUCCCGCUUCUUUCGCCUCCUCGACACCUUCUUGUCCUCGUCCCAUCUCCCCGCAACCUUAGUCGCAAGUUUCAUAAAGCGGCUAUCCAGACUCGCGCUUAAUGCGCCCCCGGCUGCCAUCGUCGCUAUCAUCCCCUGGAUCUACAACCUCAUGAAAUCCCACCCAACCUGUACCUUCAUGCUGCACCGCGUGAUCCGUGAUGAUGAGGACUCUCAAUCAAGGCUGCAAACACACGGCAUGAUCGACCCAUUCGAUCCCAUGGAGCCAGAUCCAACCCGCACCGGCGCUCUAGAAAGCAGUCUCUGGGAAAUCGAAACGCUGCAAUCGCACUAUCAUCCCAAUGUAGCGUCGCUGGCGAAGAUCAUCUCGGAACAGUUUACAAAGCAGGCGUAUAACCUUGAGGAUUUCUUGGAUCAUUCAUACCAAGCCAUGAUGGGGAUGGAGCUGGGGACGCAGGAGAGGGGGUUUAGAAAGGCGCCAGUGGUGGAGUUCCAGAUUCCAAAGAGGAUUUUUACGGACCGAUUAUUGGAGGAGGAUGGGAACGUGGAUAAGGAAGUUGGGGCAUUGGUGAGGUGCUUGUGGGAUUUCAAGUAA